AUAACUAGUAAUAUUGAUUCAACAGCGCGACGUUGGGGAUAAGACACGAACUACGGAGCCAAUGGCUUCAUCUCUAACCUUCUCUCCCUAUCCAUUUUUGAACUCCCGCACCCUUCGGACAAGCUUAUUUCAUUUCAUCAAUGGCGCUUCUUCCAAAAUUUCACCUCUAUCCGCUUCCUCUACGUGUAAUCCCCUCAAGUUAAAGGUCCGACGAACUUUCAAAGCAUCUUCUGAAGGGGCUUCCAAUGAGUUAAUGGAGGAUGCGAAGUUUGUUCCCUUGAAUGCUGAUGAUCCCAGAUAUGGUCCACCUGCGUUGCUCUUGCUGGGCUUUGAGCUGGACGAGGCAGUGAAGAUUCAAGAGCUUUUGAAGGAUUUGGACGGUGAAUUCAUGCAGGUUAUUCUUUGUACUGAAGAUAUGAUCACUCGAUCCCUGUGGGAAGCAGUUCAUACAAACCAACCAGUUUUGGCAAAAGUGAAGAUUGCCAGAUCAUUGCCACGAAUCUGUUUCUUAUCUGGUCUAAGCGGAGAUGAAAUGAUGAUGUUCAUAGACGCUUUUCCAGAAACUGGACUUGAACCAGCUGUAUUUGCUGCUCUUGUUCCCAACGCUGCUAACAAACCAGUAGAAGAGUUAAUAGAAGAGAUCAUGGGAGACCAUGAAGCGAUGACCGGUGCUACAUCAGAAGGGCCAUCAUAGGGAAGCACUAAACCUAGAAAGCUGCAGAUUUGGAGAAUUCUCAAACACCUUCUGCCCCCUUUGUUCCUUUUGCUAUUCUUUCUUUUGAAAAUCAUUCUUCUUUUUGUCUUAAAUCCAAUCUGGACUUGUCUUGGAUUUUACUCAACUAUGUAUUAUCCUAUAUGAUAAGUUGUGUGUGAAAAUUUUAAAAACAAUAAAGAAGUAAAAGUAAGUCUGAUUAGUUGUUUUGGUUUUCUUUAAAAA